CUACGUUAUUUGACAGAAUAGAGAAAUUACAAUUAAAGCGCAGAAGUAACGCUGUGGAAGGUAGCGAGUAAAACCACAAAGCCGCUCAACCCAAAACCCUACACAUUUCUGUACGUUUGCCUCCUCAACUGGAACCUGUGAACAAGGUAAAAAAUUCUUUCGUGCCUUUCGUUUAGAGUACCUGGUUGUCUGGUUUUCGCUAUUUCGAGGCGCAGAUCUGUUCCGUGUUUUUUAUGUUUUGAUCGCUUUUAGUUUUUGCUCGAGAACAAAAGAACCUUUGAAAAUGCCUCCACGCAAGGCAAAUAAAACUGCAACCCCAACUCCACCAAAGAAGGCGGCUGCCGCGAAAGCCAACCAGAAAUCCGCUCUUAAGAAAGCUAACCCACCAGCCGAGGUUCCUCCCACACCGGAAGCUGGAAAUGGCGUCGCAAAGGUUGAGCCCAUCGUUGAGAAACCGCCUCAGGUGGUUCCCGAAGAGAAGACCGGAGAAGAGAAACCGAUUUUGAAAGUGGAGGAGGAGGCCAUCAAGCCGGUUGUUAAGGAGGAGGAGGCUGUCAAACCGGCUGUUAAAGACGAAGAGGAGACUUGCAAACCGGCAGUAGCGGCCAGCGAGGGUUUGGAUGCUGCUAGGGUUUCAGUGGAGGAAGCUAAAGAUUUUCAGGAGGCUUCUGAGAAAAAAGAAGUGCAGGCGGAGGUCUCGGUUCGAACCUCGGAUGAGAAGGUCGGUGAAGAUGUUGUCAUGGCGGAGGCCAAGCUGGAAGUUAACUUGAACGAAGCUGAAAAUGAAGCGAAGAAGGAUGAAGAACUGAAAAAGGACAAGGAGGCGGAAAAGGAUGAAGACGAAGAAAAGGAUAAAGAUGUGGACAUGCAAAGCGCGGGCGAAAAGGAGUCGGAGCAGACGGGCGAGGCAGCAGAGGAAGCAGAUAAAGAAGAUAAGAAGGAUGAAGGACAAGGAGAAGAUGAUACUGAAAUGCAGAAGACAAUGCAUGCUUCUGACAGGCGGCAACGCAAGAAAUUGGAGGUAUUUGUUGGCGGGCUGGAGAAGGAGGCUACCGAGGACGAUCUGAGGAAGGCCUUUGAGAAAGUCGGAGAGAUUAGUGAAAUACGGCUGAUGAAGAACUUUCAGACUGGGAAGAAUAAGGGAUAUGCCUUUGUGCGCUAUGCCACUGCUGCAGAAGCAAAGCGAGCUGUUAAGGAACUGGCCAGUGUCAAGAUCCGAGGCAAGAAGUGUGGAGUAGUGCCUCUUGAGGAGAAUGACACCAUAUUCCUGGGCAACAUUGAUAAAAACUGGAAGAAAGAUGAUGUUGUAAACAAGUUGAAAGAAGCUGGAAUAGAAAAUGUUGAAAAUGUAUCUGUUAUUGAAGAUCCUCGUAACUCAGAACUUAAUCGUGGCUUUGCAUUUCUAGAAUUGGAGACUUACAAAGAUGCUCAAAUUGCAUUUAGAGCACUUCAAAAGAAGAAUGUUUUUGGGCUGGAUAGAACUGUAAAGGUUGCUUGGGCUCAACCUUUGAAUGAGCCAGAUGAAGAUGUGAUGUCACAGGUGAAGUCUGUCUUUGUAGAUGGCUUGCCCUCUACAUGGAAUGAAGAACAAGUUAAGGAACGGUUUAGCAAAUUUGGUGAGAUAGAAAAGGUUGUUCUGGCACGCAAUAUGCAAUCUGCUAAGAGAAAAGAUUUUGGAUUUAUAAACUACACAACUAGAGAAGCUGCAGUUGCAUGCAUCGAGACACUCAGCAAGGCCGAUGAACUAACUGAUGGAGAUUCAAAGGCGAAAGUUAAGGUGUCACUUGCCAAACCUCCACAGAAGGGCAAAGGUGGAAAGGGAGACUCAAAGGGAACAAGUAAAGGGGAUUCUAAAGGAGCAAAUAAACCAGGUUCUCAGGGCCAUAAAUUGAAGAGUAAUUUCUCUAACACUGCAAUAGGCAAGGGGCUUUUGGGGAGGGGCGGCCCACCUGCAUCAUCUUCUUCAACGCAUGAGCUCAUACAGGUUUUAAGAGAACAAGCAGCAUGGGGGCAUGGACAGUUAUCUAUGAGUGGAGGUCAUGGGUUUGGUGAUUAUGGAAGGAUUCAUAUGGGCAAUGCUGGCAUGGGAGAUGUACCCAUGUUUGGAGGUGCACAGUUAUCUGGAGGCCAUCGUGCAGGGUUUGAUGGGGCUAUGUUUUCCCAACUAGCAUCUGUAAAUGCUAUGCAAGAUUUGUCUCAUGCAGGAGUUAAGCGGGGAUAUUCAGCGCUGGGUGAAGAGACAUAUGGAGACUCCAGAGGAAAUCCACGUGCUCGACUUGAUAAUUCUCUUGUAGCUGGUGGCUCAAGUAUGUUUGGAGGAUUAUCUCAACAACAAUAUUAUCAUAAUCCAGGUAGACCUCAUCCUACAGGUUCAGCAAGUUAUCCCCCAGUUGGAUUGCAGACAAACGGAUUACAGAGGUCUUCUGGACAAGGUGGUCGUAGAGGAGGUGCUGGCAAUUCCCGUGCAAAAAAUUGAAUUGAUUGAACCUCUGUUGAGAGGAACUAUUGAGGAUUAUUUCUGACCAUAAACCUUCCCUGGAGAUUGUUGCUGCCUUGGUUGUGAGAAAUACUGUUUUUAGACAUGUAACCAAUUAACGUAAUGUCAAGAUAUUCUCUAAGGUCAGGUUUUGGAAUUUAUUAUGUUCUAGUGAAAUCUUCAACCUUGGCUUAUUAUAACAAGUGCAUAACAUAAAUUUUGGAGUUGCUAUAUGAUUUGUGCUUUUAGCAAACUCCUUUGGAUCUUCUCUAUGUUGGAGUCGCCUUGAAGAUUUUUCUUCAGUAUUUAUCACCUCAUUAAGGGCCAGUGCAAAUAUUUAAGGUCACUGGUCUUGAAACAAAGUAUAACUACUUUUGAUCCAUCAAUCCAUUGUAGUCAUCUGUUCAAUCAACAUGAAUUGUGGAACCUUAUUUAUUGA